AUGGCGACGCCAGUAAAGUUCGAUAGUGAAUGUCAUCUACAUGCAGUGAUGUGCUUUCUGGCAGGACAAACCGGCGAAAAGAUUGUAUCAAUCUAUCCACAUAGGAAACCACCUCCGAAAGCCCCUCCCAAAGAAUCUACUCCAGCAAGUUCCACUCCCGGAGUGAGUAUGAAACCAGUUCUCACCAGUGUUAAAGACCCAAGUGUUGGAUUUGGUCUUGUUGAAACAGAAUUCGACAUGUCACUUGGAAUGCUUGCUCAGGCUGUCAAAACUCAAGAAAUCGGAUGUAAUGAUGGUUUUGAUAUGAAAAUUAACAAUCAGAGAUUCGUUGGAUAUCCAAAGACAUGGAAGGCACGUGGAGGGAAUACCAAUUAUCAGAUUCUGAUAGUUUUUGCAUUGAAACAAGGAUGUGAUCAACACACAGCGGCGGCUUAUCAGACCCUUUCUAACAAAAUUGCUGUUAGUUUUGUCAUGUUGCAAAAUUACUUUGGAUUCCUUGAAAGAGAAGAUAAAUGGGCUGACAUGGCGGACAGUGCCGACGAUCCACUUCGCGAGUUCUCUAAAACAAGUUUCAUGGUUCAAACCUUGAUUGAUAUGUACGAUGAAGUAAGGAAAAGAGGCAACAUUCAUAAAUAUCAAAUUAACUUCGUGGAACUCGGAUUCUGUGAUGAGGCGCAUGCUUUAUCAAGACUGAACGUAGUACCAAAAGGGAGACAAGAUAUUGAUGAAAUAGUCAGAAAAAUGAAACCGUAUCAUGGAAUCCUUCUUCUCGAAGAUGUUUGGCCAACUCCAGAUGCAAAUCCAAUUGUAGCGAAGUUGCUUAGCCAUUGCAGUCCGGAUCGCUCUAUUCUUGACAUGUCGACUGCGUCUGGAAUUCCAAUUUUCGAGGUGUUCAUGAUCAUUCGUCACUUACUUCAGUGGACUCGAGCGAUUCUGAUCUAUCCACUUUGUAAUACGAAUAUCUACACAUCUGCAACAAGUCCACAACCUCUUGACAAAAUGGCUGAAAAGUUUGCAGCUCAAUUCGGUACGACAAUUCACUUGGCUGCCGGGUUAUCGCAUUUCAAUCCACCAAAAACUUUGGAUACUUUCAUUCGUCCGAAUCUUCCAUUACACGAGCAAGGAGUGAGGGCGAAGCUUGUUGUAGCCUUAUUGAGACAUCAAAUGCUUAUGCAGUUGCAUCAGUUCUAUUAUAUUCUAAAGCCAUACUCAAACGCGGUGUUACCGGAUCCAAUCGAACAAUGCCCAGAGGAAUUCAUUAAACUCAUAUUUGACAGUCAGCUGCCGAAUGAUGAUGUGAAACGAGUUGUAGCUGACAUUUGUGCCGAAAUGCUUUCUCAUACCGCCUACGGAGCUGUUAAGAGAAAGCUUACUCUUUUUAUGAAAUGCGUUCCCAUGAUGAAUGGAAACCAUCAUUUGGAAGACAUCAAAUACAAAAAUAAUUUGGAUCGCGCUGAAAUCGAGAGUAUUUUCAAGUCAUUCGAACUCGUGAUUGCCACAUUUCGGAGGCCGGAUUUUGUUGCCGAAUAA